GUUAGAUAGACUGUCACUGACACUGUCCUAUCUGUAACGAUGUCCGGGGAGCUCGUGUCCUUAGAGCGGGUGCUGGAACAACAUAUUCCGACUGAGGAGUUGAGGGAGGUGCGGAAACUGCUCUAUGGGAAGGAAAUAAAAACCCUUGAUCUCCCUAGCAAUGCUCUGCAGGCCGCCUCACAAAGGGAGUUUGAGUUGCAAGGUUAUGCAUUUGAAGCUGCUGAGGAGCAGCUCCGGCGACCUCGGAUUGUCAGAGUGGGAUUAAUCCAAAAUAAAAUCCCACUCCCAACCACAGACCCUGUUAUAGCACAGGUCUCUGCCCUGCACAAGCGCAUUGCUAAAAUAGUCGAAGUUGCAGCCAUGUGUGGUGUCAAUAUUGUGUGUUUUCAGGAAGCUUGGACGAUGCCCUUUGCUUUCUGUACAAGAGAGAAACUUCCCUGGUCUGAAUUUGCAGAGUCUGCUGAGGAUGGUGCGACUACAAAACUCUGCCAAGAGCUUGCAAGGAAGCACAAUAUGGUCGUUGUGUCACCUAUCCUAGAGAGAGACGAGUUACAUGGAGAUACACUCUGGAAUACAGCUGUGGUGAUAUCAAACAGUGGCGUGGUUCUAGGGAAGAGUCGCAAGAACCAUAUUCCAAGGGUGGGAGAUUUCAAUGAGUCCAGCUAUUACAUGGAAGGAAACACUGGGCACCGCGUGUUUCAGACAGCAUACGGGAGAAUUGCUGUGAACAUCUGCUAUGGACGGCAUCACCCUCUUAACUGGUUCAUGUACAGCGUCAAUGGGGCAGAGAUUAUAUUCAAUCCUUCUGCCACUAUAGGUGAACUAAGUGAGGCACUGUGGCCAAUUGAGGCAAGAAAUGCUGCAAUCGCCAAUCACUGCUUUACUUGCGCUAUUAACCGAGUUGGAUCUGAACAUUUUCCAAAUGAGUUUACAUCUGGAGAUGGCAAGAAAGCUCAUCAUGACUUAGGCCAUUUUUAUGGCUCCAGCUAUGUGUCUGCUCCUGACGGAAGUCGUUCCCCUGGAUUAAACAGAGUAAAUGAUGGCCUGCUGGUGGCAGAGCUGGAUCUUAAUCUGUGCCGACAGACCGGUGACAAGUGGAACUUCAAGAUGACAGGACGCUAUGAGAUGUAUGCAGAGGAACUGGCCAAGGCUGUGCGCCCAGACUUCCAGCCCAACAUCAUUCGAGAGUGAUGAUCAUGUGCAAUUACCAUUCAAUACUGUAUAUGGGAUAUAAAAUAUUUGCAGCACAUACUUGAAACCGGGAAGCAAUACUCACUUGCCCAUGUAUUUUCAGUCCAGGUGCAAAGUUGUUGAACUCAUUUAAAGAAGGAACAGGAGAAUAAUAUAUGCAUGUUAAAUAUACUUACUUUUCAAAAUAA